ACAUAAAGGAAAAAUACCAAAUAAAUCAAUGUAUCCAUUCAUUGUGAUGCUCACUGCAUACUUAUAUUGUGUUCCGCUUGCGAAAGGGAAAACUAUUUCGGGAGUUUUCAGAAGCGAUGCAGCAAGAGAAAACAAUGGCCAAUACAUUACCAAAUUUCUGUUUCAUGGUGAGAAUGCCCUGUUGGUCUACAGACUGGAAGAUGUCUCCACGGCGAUGCAGAAAUCGGCCAAGCUGCUGCUAUACCAAGGGCUUCAGGGGUCUGACAACCUGAGCUGUCUGGAGCACAUCUCUGGAGCUCAGCUUUCUGUCGCCCUAAGCACAGAGGAGUACAACCUCACCAUCCCACCACAACCUUUCCCACGGGCGUGGCACGUGAAGUAUGUGGACCGCUACACCUGCCAGGAGACUGACAUCAGCGGGGCCCUGAAGGACAUCCGCUUCCAGAUCACCAUGUUCAACCCCGAUGCUGCUGGCAACCCACUGGACCACUUCAGUGGCGAGGAGGCAGGUCUGCACAGUUUCUACUUCCUGCUGAUCCUGGCGUACUUUGUGGCUGCCUGUGUCUACAUCCAGCCCCUGUGGCAGGCCCUGCACAAGGGCGGGCCCAUGCACACCGUGCUCAAAGUGCUGUCCACAGCCCUGCUGCUGCAGGCAGGGUCAGCCACCUUCAACUACAUCCACCUGGCCAGGUACUCCAGCGAUGGGAUUGGAUCUCCUCUGAUUGGCAGCUUGGCUGAAUUCUGUGACAUGGUGUCCCAGAUCCAGAUGCUCUACAUGCUGUUGAGUCUGUGCAUGGGCUGGACCCUCAGCCGAAGCCGGAAGGCCCAGGGCAAACCACUGCAGUGGGACACCUCGCCUGCCUCCACCGCCCUCGCCCUCAGUGCUGUGAUUACCCAGGGGGCACUGUUGGUCUGGGAGCAGUUUGAGGAUACAGAGCACCACAGUUAUCACGCCCACCGGAGCAUGGCUGGCCUCCUCCUCAUCGCCUUGCGGAUCAUCCUGGCUCUGCUCCUCGCUUCCAUCCUCUACCAGAUUAUCACAUCUGAGAGGAGCACUCUCAAAAGAGACUUCUACCUGAGCUUUGCCAAGGGCUGUUUUUUGUGGUUCCUGUGCCAUCCUGUCCUCGUCCUGAGCUCGGUGGUUCUUAAUGAGCACCAGAGAGAGAAGGUCAUCACCAUUGGCGUGAUCCUUUGCCAGGCCAUAUCUGUGGUUAUUCUGUAUAGGCUCUUCCUGUCUCGGAGUCUGUACUGGGAGGUCUCCUCACUUUCCUCAGUCACACUACCACUCACAAUGUCUAGAGGGCCCAGGAACCGAUACUAACACCGAGGGACCCAGGGGGAAAGGUUUCACUGUGACACCU